AUGAAGCCUUGCGACCGACGUAAAGCCGGUGGGAUCGGCGCGCCUCUUGUCAGCGGCGGAAACCUCGCCGAAAAUCUGCUCAAGGAAAAUCACUCUCCACAACUCCCUCAGUUCAUGUUGAGGCUCUUGGGGCCCGCGACCGCGAACACUGCAACCUCAUCUCGCAGAGUUGUCUUGGCACUCACCUUGACGGGGCACUGGAAUAUUCUCCAGACACGCUGCGCCCUGAAACCAAGCAGCCGGGACGCGCCUGAAAUGCGCCCUUCGUCAUCUGUUUGGUGCGAAUUCUCCCCAUCCAGAACCUGCAAUGCCAUCCGCAAUAUCUCUCAGGAGAUGAGUCCGGCAGUCCCGGUUGACGAGACCGACCGGCGAAUACCUCCGUAUGGUGCGAGUAACCCGGUGGGAGUGAUGAUUGUGGACGAUGCCAAGAAAUCACCAUGGGAAUUAGGGGGGCUAUAUCAGAUGCGUAUAAAGAGUAGCAUGACGCUCUGGCAUCACUGA